AUGGCUGAAAAACAACUAGGAGUGCUAAAGGCACUCGAUGUUGCGAAGACGCAACUUUAUCAUUUCACGGCGAUUGUCAUCGCCGGUAUGGGUUUCUUUACCGAUGCGUACGAUCUUUUUUGCGUGUCCUUGGUCACCAAGCUCCUUGGCCGAAUCUACUACUUCAACCCGACGUCAGCGAAGCCUGGCUCACUUCCCCCUCAUGUUGCGGCCGCGGUCAACGGUGUGGCCCUCUGUGGAACCCUUUCUGGUCAACUCUUCUUCGGAUGGCUCGGUGACAAACUCGGAAGGAAAAAAGUGUACGGUCUCACUUUGAUCAUUAUGAUCGUGUGCUCUGUCGCUUCUGGUCUCUCCUUUGGCCACGAAGCCAAGGGUGUCAUGACCACCCUUUGCUUCUUCAG